AUGCCAGCACAGAUUCCAUGUCCCAAUUGUCACAAUCUAUACAGCAACUCAGCGGCCAUUGUACAGCAUCUGAAUGACAGUACCAGUUGCUGGGCUUGUGAUGGACGUCCCAUAGGUCGUGUUAGACCAGAUCCUGAGGUGCAACAACACGAACCAGAGGAAGAUAUACCAUGUACACAGUUUCGCUACCAUCCUUCAUCUGGAUAUGUUUUCAGCCAAGGGUUGAAUAUAAUGGAGGAAAUGGACACUGACCAAUUUGCUUAUCGGCACCGCAACCACAUCUAUUAUCCAUUUCAGGAUAGGGCAGAAUGGGAAUUAGCAAAGUUUCUCUGCGAGUGUUUGACCCAGACACAGAUUGACCGUUUCAUGCACUUGAAAUGGGAAGUAGAAGCUUUUGGGGAAAGACAAUAUGGUGAAUUUUUUACUGGUUGGGAGGCAUUCAGAAUUCAGGAUGAGCUACCUGUAGGCGCAACAAUAGUCCCCAUCAUCCUCGGAUCAGAUAAAAUGGCUGUCAAGAGAGGGACGGGCAAUAUUGAAAUGCAUUCCACCUUUCUAACAAUCGGUAACAUCAGAUCUGAUGUGCGAAUGAAAGCCACUACUCACGCUUGGAGUUGUGUUGCUUUCAUCCCAACACCCAAGUUUGAAGCCCAUUUGGACUAUCAGGGUAUUCUUCAGGCCCGUGUUUGGCACAAAUGCAUGGAUGGGGUCACCGUGAACUUGAAGAUUGCUGCCAAGGUUGGCACAUUCAUACCUGACCCUUUUGGCACCAUUAGAUACGUGUACACACCUCUCGUUGCAUAUCAAGCUGAUAUACCCAAAGCUCAAGUUAUAGCUCGUGUCGCCAAAAAUUCAUCCCCGGUAUCUCUCGCUACUCAGUCUCAGUUUGGUGAUGCGAAGGUGUACCCUCCCCGUACAGCAAGACAUACCUUAGAACAGAUCUUCAAGGUCUUGCAGAAGAUUGACCCCUGGAAAUUAAAUGAGUUUCAGAUAGCGGCAAAGGAAGUCAGCAUCAAUGGCGUACAUCAGCCAUUUUGGAGAAAUUGGCACCUCGCUGACCUUGUCAAGCAGAUGACCGGACGCAAACAUCGAGAUAUCCAGCGUGCUAUUGUCCCCACAAUUGCGGGCGCGGUUGCUCCUAACUUUGUCUUUGCUAUUCGAUCAAUGAUUGACUUCAUCUAUGCUGCACAACAUCCUGUCCAAACCCCCAGUUCUAUCAAGAAAAUGGUCCAAUCCCUUGAACAGUUUCAUCGGCAUAAGGGUGCUAUAUUAGAGGCGGAAGCUAGGAGAGGUAAAAACGGCACAAUAGACAAUUUCAGGAUCCCCAAGCUCGAGCUCAUGCAGCACUUUGCCUGGUUGAUCGAGAACAACGGUACUAUCCCUCAAUAUACUAGAGAUGUCGUAGAAUGCCUACUUAUCACGAAUUGCAAGCAUACAUUCCAGCAGACUAACCAUGGGAAAAACUUCCUUACUCAGGUUGUGAAGAUUCUGGACCACGUGGAGAAGUGUCGAAUGUUCGACCUGUAUACUCUCCUCCGGUCAAGUGGCAAGGGUUUCAUAAACCAAGCCAUUGCUUCAGAGGAUUAUGAAUGUGCACUAUCGCUAGCGGACCACAAAGUUGUGGACACUGAUCCUCACUUUGUGUGGAUAUCAUCCAUAUUGCCCCAAGAAACUUGUUUCACUGGCUCUCGUCCUGUCCGCAAUCAUUUUAUCAAGGGCAUCCUUUCUGAUGACGCGUCCACAGCUUUCCAUAUCACUGUUGCGCCCAACAUAAAAAGCUCUCUCCCAUUUCAAAAUGUACAAGUGUGGUUCAAAUUCCAAAUACAGCUACACUCGGUAUUUGACAACAAGAUUAUCAUGCCUAGUCAGCUUGUGUACGGGUCAAGAGCCUUGUGUUGUCCAGAUUCGAGCGGUUUUGGUGCCGCUUGCCAGUCACAGUGCCUUGUUACCCCAACAUCUUUCGCAGACACUUAUCUACAUCCAGUAUUUCCAAAUCCACAGCGCCGACAUCAGCGUGUUGGGAGGAUAGUGCUGCUGACAGCCGUUGCUCAAGCUGUGGAGCUCAUCCCGUUGUAUGGCGCCACAAAGGAUCCAGCCAUCAAUGCAAUUGAUUCGGACGACUAUGGACUAUGGUAUUGCUUACUUGCUUUGAGGGCAUCACUCCUGUACUACUAG